AUGUUUGAAAGUAGAUUGACAAAGAAUCAACUCUUGGUAAAAAUUAAUCAAUUAACGGCAUCUCUUAAAGAACAGAAAGAAAACUAUGCUAAUGAAGUUUGUCUUUUAAAAGAAAACCAUGCUAAUGAAAUUGGUCUUAUGAAAGAAAAUCAUGUUAAUAAAAUUAGUUUUAUGAAAGAAACCUAUGCUAAUGAAAAACAUGAAAAAGAAAUUAAACAAAUUGAAACUACAAACAAAAAACAUGAGUAUGAAUAUGGUAAAAGAUUGAAAGAAAAAGAUAAGAUUCAUAAACGUGAAAAAGAAGAACGAGAAAAAACAUAUAAAUGUGAGAUAGAACUUAUGCAAGAAAAUAUUAAUAAUUUAGAAUAA